AUGGCGUCAAAAUUAGUUUUUUCUCCAUCGGAGGAUGAAAUUCUUAUUCAAGAAGUACAGGCCAAUUCUAUUUUGUAUGAUUUGGCCGAUGCUAAUUACAAAAACAUUAUAAUGAAGGAUAGUAUCUGGACGGAAAUAUCCCUCAAGAUUGGAAAAUCUGUAGACGAUACAAAAAAGCGCUGGAAGAAUAUUCGUGAUUCAUAUUCCAGAAACAAGAGAAAGCCGGGAACAGGAUCAGCAGCGACUAAAAAAAAAUGGAACUUGGCACCUCACCUUGGUUUUCUGGAUCGAGUUGAAUAUGAGCGAGCGUAA